UGGAAGGCCAACAUCACCUUGGAAAUAUUGGAGGUACAUUUUGGUGAGAUCACAGAGGGAACAGGAAGGGCAAGUAGCCAAAGGAGAGUGGCAAGGAGACAGAAAAGAAGAAAAAAGGCAAAAUAAAGGAAAAUAGAGAGUGUAUUGAUCGCAACAGAGGCAAAGCAAAACAAAAGCAAGGACUAAAAAAGACAAGGAGUAAGAAAAAAGAGGGACAUCAAGGUAAAUAAAGGCAGAUUGUUGCAAUAAAAGGCAGAACAAAAAAACAAGAAAACAAGAAAUAAAACAAGAAGAAGAACAGGUUUGGAGUCGGAGUCCUCAGAGAGGAUGAGGUUGUUGGAGAGGAGGCCAGCCGUGCUGGUCAUCACAGAAAGCAUUGAGAUGGAGCUGUUCACCUCAGAGGAGUCCUACACCGUGGUGCCAACGCAGGAGGAUGAACACAACUUUUGCCAGAGGUACCUGGAGCAUCCUCUGGUCCCUGAAACCGAGGAGGAGGAUUCAGAGCCUCAGGUCCAGGUCCAGGUCCAGCCCAAGCCACAAGCCAAGCCCAGCACAGCACCCGCCCCCAGGGCCGCCGAGGCCGAGGACUACUGCUUUGUCCCAGGCUCAAUGGAGGAAAUAGAGAUCGAAAUGGAGGUGUUCCCUCCCAUCAGGGUGUCUGAGAGCGAGGUCGUGGAGAUAAAUUCAGACCAUCCCUCCAUAAUGACUCCACCAUCUCAGGCAGCCUCGCCAAACAGAACCAGGCGUCUGAAGUGGAGGAGGCUCGCCCCGGAGAAGACGGGACUGGUGGUCAAAGAUGUAAUCUGUCUACCCAGAGGACACUGCCCGGCACUGCUAGAUAGACAUAUUGUUCCACGAGGCAAAGAACAAGCAGCUCUUGUUGCCAUGGGGAUGACUGCUCGCAUCACUAUCGACUAUGGCUGGUCAGCCAAUCAGAUGGAGAGUAGGCUGGCGGUGCUGUUCCGUCGGCAGUUUGUAAGACAGCCGGGACAAAGGUUCUCCUUCACGUAUCUUCAGUGUGUGCAGGGCUCCAGGGUGCUGUUUGUCCCAGACGCCCCUACUGAGGGCUGGACAGGGGAGCAGGUCCUCAGGCUCUGUGGACAUGGACUGCUGUACAUCCUCAGCCACCACGACUUCCCCCAGGCAGAGUCUGACUGUUCAGCAAGCAAAACAUCAGAGGUGAACAAUAAGGACUUUUGUCUGGAGGCAAGCACAGAGAGCUGCCUUGAGGACGAAAACCAGCUGUGGAGAGAGACCCAGCGUCGUGUUCGCCGAACCACAGAGGAGUUCACCUUAGACCUCGCCACCGUUCUGCGGCUGUUCAGACAAGAGAACAUGGAUGUUGAUGUUCAGACGCACGUCCACGUGAGAAGGAGGGAUCUGCUCCACAGCGCUCUGAAGGUGCUGAGGAGACCAGGUUUCUGCUUCAGAACCACACCCGUCAUCUCCUUCUCUGGAGAAGAGGCGGACGGCCACGAGGGGCCUCUCAGAGAGUUCUUCAGACUGGCUCUGCUCGAGCUGCAGCAGAGCUCUGUCUUCGAGGGUCAUCAAGGGCACCUCUUCUUGACCUAUGAUCUUACAUCUCUGGAAGACAGGAAGUACUAUGAAGCGGGGGUUCUGAUUGGCUGGUCUCUAGCUCAGGGUGGGCCCGGUCCUCGUUGUCUACACCCUGUUCUCUACCAGUUAAUGUGUGGCCACAAUCCCCCUCUGGAAGACUUUGACUGCAGAGACAUUGUGGAUGCUGAAACACAGAUCAGACUGCAGCAGCUUAAAAAUUGUACCAGUGUUAAGCUACUGCCGGCCAGUGUGUGUGACUGGGUGGCAAGCUGUGGGAUCCCUGGAAUCUAUUCUGCACGUUCUGCUGACCUCUCAGCUAUUUAUUCUCACCUGGUCAAACACUACAUCUACCACAGGGUGGCCAGCAUGAUUUCCCAGUUCACCAAGGGGCUGGACAGCUGUGGUGGAUUGUGGGAAACGGUGCAGUCCCACUGGGAGGCGUUUGUGCCGGUCAUGACGAGCGCAGAGCAGCAACCCCUGAGCCUGGAAGAGUUCACCCAGCUCUUCACUGUCUGCUACAGCGAUGAGGGCAGCCAGUUCAGGGAGGCCGAAGAGGCAACCGCUCAACACUGGGAAAGAAUCCUUGCCUUGGUUAAUGAUGGCCGGACAGACUUUUCCUUUGAAGAUCUCCUCACCUUCAUCACAGGAGCUGACCAUCUUCCUCCUCUUGGCUUCCCCAGAUCCAUCUCUCUGCGUUUCUACUGUCAGGAUGUGAGCAUGUCCAGCGUGCGUCUGCCCCACACCUCCACGUGCGCUCUGGAGCUGUUCCUGCCGAGAGGAGCGACCAGCACCCAACAUCUGUGUGCACUGCUGAGUAGAGCCGUGCACGAAUCCCUGGGCUUCGGACACAUCCAGGCCGAGGGAGAUGGCGAGGGCAUCUGCUUCGAGGUGGUGGUAUGAAAUGAAAGGGUGUUAAGCAGAUGGCCUCCAGAGCAUUACACUUCAGUUCCCAUGAAAGAGGACUUCAUGGGAACUGACACUCCAACAUGUGACAGACAAGACAGCAGUUAAACAAUGAGCGCUGGUCUGUGAGCAGUUUAAGUCCAAGAGUAUUGACGAUAUUAGUCAUAUAUAUGAGCCAAAUACGGACCCUGGAUCAGUGUUCAUGUUAUUUGAGGCUGUACAUAUUCAUGCCACACACACAAACACAUGUACAGGAGCAGCUGUGCACAGAUAUUCCUCUGGGUGAAGGGUGUUAUGGAUAUAAAAUGAUUAUAAAAGUGAUUUUUAAGAACAAUUGUAGAGAAUGGAAUCUGUGACUGAGAUAGUAGUAAUGCCAGUGUUUUGUCACUAGAGGUCGCUGUUACAGUUCAGACAUCAUGAACUGUGGCAACAUGUUCAGCUGCUGGCACAAAUAAGAUGAAGUGACCUCCACUGGUAAUCUGAGUAACACAAGUCAGUCAUCCAAUUUUGUUUUAAUCUUAUCUUUUAAUAUGCUGUUUCACUCUAAGGUGUUGUUUUAUACACAUGCACACACACACACACAUACAUGCACAUACAAACAAAUACAGACACAUCAGAUAACCUCCUCUUACAUCUUAAAGAGGUGCUAUCUUUUCAAGACUUGGAUUUUACAUCCUGCAGCUGAGAAAAGUAAUUUAAAUUCCUUGCUUAUUAUUCUGUGUUAAUUUAUUGAAGGAAUAUUUUACUGUACUUAACAUUAAUAAUUUCACAUUAUAUUUUAAUUUGCAUUUGUAUUUUCACAAAACAAAUUUAAAGCGUUGUACAUUCUUUAAAAGUGAAUAAAGCGUUUUCUAAGUCACUCUAAAACAAAAAAUGUGUUUAUCACUGUCCAAGAACACACAAGGCAUAUGUUAAAUAUACAUCAAUAUAAUAAAUGGAAUACACCCAUUCUUGACAUAAUGAGACAAAUUUGAUUCACAAACAUAUAUGUGCAAGUUCGACUUUGGUCAGCUGCUGGUUGUUUUUAAACUGUUUUUAAACACAUAAAGUGACUUAUAAGAUCUCAGCAAGGGAUGAGCAGUAGAAAGAAGGCAUAUUCAGCUAUACAGUGCAUCAUCCAAAAAAAAAAAAAAAAGUAACAUUAAAAAAGUUAGAAAUGUUUGGACAUGACUUCAUAUAUGGCUCUUACCAAAUAACAAACUAAUAAUUUGGCAAUCAUUAUAUCUCGGGAAGUUUCAAAGACAUUUUAUUUACAAACUAUUGCCAGCAAUGCAGCAUAUCAACCUAAAACUCAGUGAAAAGAAGUUCAGAUAGGAUAGCUCAACAAAAUGUGCAACACUGUUCCUCCUUACUGCGCUCCCCCUCAAAGCUUCUCCUUCAUAUAACUGAUAUAUACUGUACAAGGCAGUCACUCAGUGUGUGGCUGUUUUUCACAGUUUGCUGCAUGGUUCAUACUCUAGCCAUGUUGGAAAGGGAAACCUAAGUGUGUAUUGAAUGCAGCGCACCACUGUCCUUUGGAAUGUGAGAAAAUUCCUCAGGCACAUUUAAAUUUUACCAUUUAUAGUUAGGAGUUACAGUGCUGAAACAGCUUCAACCUCAAGUCAAAGAGCUAGUGGCACGCCGUCUGGCAUACAUGAAGACAAUAAGUUAAAUACACACCAAUAUAAUGAAUGGACUAUAUCCAUUAUGUAUGUGCAAGUUCCCAUAGCCAACCUUAUGAGCCAUCUUUGACUCUGAUUCAGUGUAUUAAGGUCAUUCACCAGGUAUGAAGCACAAAGGUUAGCAGUGAAUGAGUAUUGUCUAACAGUUUUUUUUUUUUUUGUUUUGUUUUUUUUUUAAAUGGAGUA